AUGGGAGAAAUGCCCCCCUCUCGCAGAACUGUACGCAUCGGCGUCGAUGUCGGCGGCACAAACACCGAUGCUGUCGCAAUAGACUUGAGUCUUCAAUACACCGAAAGCCGUGGCGUUCUAGCUCACUUCAAAACCCCAACAACCCCUGACGCAACCUCCGGUAUCGAGACCGCAGUACGCACCGUUCUUGCUGCAGCCGAUCUCACAAACUCUCCGGAGCGCAUAGCCAGCGUCACAAUUGGAACUACGCAUUUCAUCAACGCUGUUAUUGAGCGCGAUGUCCGGCGUCUCCAGAAAGUCGGUGUCCUCCGGCUGAGCAAGUCUUUCCUUCGUGAGGUUCCAGCCUUUGCCGAGUUCCCGCCAGAUCUGGCAGCCGUGCUCAAAUCGUAUGUCGGUAUUGUCGAUGGAGGUCUUCACAUCGACGGUUCCCAGGAAGCACCGGUCAUCGAAGCCCAGGUUGUCGCUGAGUGCGCCAAGAUCCGCGAAAGUGGUGUUGGGGCCGUCGUCAUUUCGGGCGUCUAUUCGCCUAUCGAUGAGGUUUUCGGCCAAGAAGAGAAGGUCCGCGAUAUUAUCCUCCGCGAGGUUCCCGGGAUCGAUGUGGUGUGCAGCAAAGAGGCCAGCGCUAGCAUCGGCUUCAUCGAGCGAGAGAACGCAGCCAUAUUGAAUGGCGCCAUUCUGCGAUACGCGAGAAAGACGGUCAGCAGGUUUCGCUUGGCUAUCAAGAGACUCAAUCUGACGUGUCCCUUAUUCCUCACCCAAAAUGACGGCACUAUCUUGGACGCUGCAUCAGCGGCGAAGAUUCCUAUCCGCACUUUUUCGAGUGGACCGACGAACUCGAUGCGAGGCGCAGCGUACCUUGCCGGCCUAGAUUCUGGCGGUGAUAGUUCCGCGAUCGUUGUCGAUAUCGGUGGCACGACGUCGGACGUCGGCGUCUUACUUCCUUCAGGCAUGCCGAGACAAGCUUCCGCGUAUGUUACUGUUGCCGGCGUCCGAGUCAACUAUUCCAUGCCGCAUCUUCACUCGAUCGGUCUCGGUGGCGGCUCCAUUGUCAGAACUGUGGAUGGCAAGGUCAAAGUCGGUCCAGAGUCUGUGGGACUUGAGCUUUUGAGUCGUGCACUUGUCUUUGGAGGCGAUGUCUGCACCACAACGGACGUGGCAGUAGCCGCAGGUAAAGCAGUCGUUGGUGCGACCGAUAAGGUGAAGAGUUUGGAGGUCAGCUUCGUAGAAGAGGCAAUAUCUCGGAUCAAAGCUCUUCUUGAAGGGGCUGUAGAUGUCAUCAAAACGUCGCCGGAUCCCGUCCCAGUCCUCCUCGUUGGUGGCGGCGCCAUACUAUCGCCGGACAGUCUCAAGGGAGCGUCGAAGUUGAUUCGGCCACCAUUCCACGACGUUGCCAAUGCCGUUGGUGCCGCCAUUGCGAGAGUCUGCGGUGCGGUUGACAUCGUGCAAGGCACCACGCACCAGACAGAAGGUCAGGCUAUUGACAACGCCAAGAAGAUAGCGAUUGAGCGGGCUAUUGCUGCUGGAGCUAUCCCUGAAAGCAUCAAAAUUGCCGAGGUCGAGACAAUGCCUUUGCAAUAUGUGGCCAACCAGGUCCGGACUUUGGUCAAGGCAGUUGGUGAUAUCGAUCUACAUGCGAAGCUGGACGAUGCCGGUGAACUCGCGGACGAGGAUUUUGGAGAAGAGCAAACGGAGGCCAGCAAAGACUUGACCCGUGCUACAAAGGAAGAGGAGAAGGUCGAUCCAUCUUCCUACAAGCCCGAAAUCAAGGUCAACAAGGACGGCAUCGCGGAGUGGAUCAUCAGCGAAACGGACUUGGACUAUCUUGCCGACGGUUGCUACGUUCUUGGCUGUGCUGGAGGUGGAAGUCCAGCAGCCUCCAAGAUACAGCUACGGAACAUGCUUCGAGACGGACACACGAUGCGCGUCAUUGAGCCUUCCUCACUGAAAGAGAAGGACCUUAUCUACUGGGGUGGUCACAUGGGAUCUCCUGCUGUUUCCAUUGAACGGCUACAGUCUAUCGAAACAGUAGACGCCUUCCGAGCUUUGAUGGAGUACAUGCGCCAUGACAAGUUUGAUGCAGUGAUGGGUCUCGAGAUCGGUGGCGCCAAUGGCCUCGAACCCUUCCUGGUUGGUUCCUCGAGGUUCUUUGACAGCCCCAUCAUUGAUGGAGACUGGAUGGGUCGAGCCUACCCAACCUACUGGCAAACGACCUUGGCAGUCCACGCACCUUUGGAAUUAGUUCCGUGUGCGAUUGACUCAGGCGACGGCAAGACAAUCAUCAUGACGAGGGCACCCAACGAUGAGAUCGUCGACCGUGCUCUCCGCGCAUCCUGCUCCGAGAUGGGUUCUCGAGUAGGAAUGGCUGCGAAGCCGACCACGUCUGAUAAAGUCAAGAAGUUCGGCGUUCUCAACACCGUGUCCCUCGCUUGGCGCAUCGGAAGAUGCGUAUCCCUAUGCCAAGCAACAAAUACAAUGAGCACGGUUGCCGAAUCUAUCAUCAAUGAAGCUGGCGGCUCUGAAGCAGCCAAGGUCUUGUUUAGGGGCAAGAUCAUGCGUGUUGAGCGUCGUCUAUUCAAGGGCCACUCUUACGGCGAGGUUCACAUUGCUGCUUUCGAAAGCGGCGACGAGGAUGAGGCAGCCAGUGUGAAAGACCGAGCUUCUGCCGUAGCUCAAGGUGGAAUGCUUAAGGUUCCUUUCAAGAACGAGAACAUACUGGCUGAGCAUACAAGCGAGGAUGGGAAGACUAGCAUAUUGGCGGCCGUUCCGGACUUGAUCUCCAUCUUGGACAACGAGUCAGGAAGAGCCCUUGGAGUUCCCGAAUUUAAGUACGGGUAUCGAGUCACGGUCAUCGGUAUCACUUGUUCGCCACGAUGGACAGAGACUCAGGCCGGUUUAGACAUUGGUGGACCAAGGGCAUUUGGAUAUGAUCUGGAUUACAAGCCCCUUGGUAAGUAUGUCGAGCCACGCAGUGUUAUACAAGAGUAUACUACGUAG